UGAAGAAGAAGAAGGAGUCUGCCAUUUUUCGGUGAAUUAACAAAACGAAGGGAAAGAAAUUAAUUUUUCCACGAGUGAAACUUUCUGUGCGGAAAUCAAACGAAAACAAUAAAAUAUUCUAGUUGAUAAAAUAGGGUGUACAUAAAAUAUUAGUCGCCAGAUUUCUUGUGCAAAUUGAAUAUUCCGAUAAGUUGUGUUUGUUGGUGGGGUGUCCGAAAGGCUCAGUCAAAUCUAUUGCUAAUUAAAGUGUGCGAAGAAAAUAAAGAGGUGCCGCAGUAAUUAUAGGGUACGAGGUACGAGGCAGCAGAAAAUCGUGGUCGUCGUUCUAGUAUCAGUGAGAAGAAUCAUAGCUGAAGUCAAAUAAAAGAGACGUUCAUUACUGAGCUGUAGUAGCGGCGUGGUGAGGUUGGCUAGAAGCGGUAGACCACGACACUAGUGAUAGUCUGAACGAGGUUUUGAUAAAAGGAAAGGCAGCUGUACUUGGCUCUUAUUCUUUAUUGGUGCGUGGUCCCGAAGACGUCUGUAGUUUGUCCAGGGCAAAUUUUCAAGAUAGGUGCGCGAGCCUGAGUUGCUUGAUUCCUAGCCCCAAGCAAAAAUAAUAAAAUGAAAAUCUGAAGGCCUCUGACUUAAAUACUGAACUUUUGCAACACUUGAACGGACUAGUGCUAAUUUUGUUAUAAAAAUGGAAUCGCAAGCAGCCACUAUCAUUAAGAACCCAAACAACAACAACCAUGCUGACAACCAUAACUUAACACAGCAACAACCUUCGCUACCAAAUAACAUCCUUGUUGCUACCGCACAGCCAUUCACUCCUGCUUCCAACAACAGCAAUGGAAACGCUGCUGGCAACAACAACUUGUCUGGCCAACAAGCUAUCAAUACCGUCGCAGCCGCACAAUCUUAUACGCCAGUGCCGGCACCUACUGCCUUACAUAGUGGAGCCCCCACUUCAGCAGGUCAUGCCAUCUAUAACCAGGCUAUGCAUUCGCCAAAUGUAUUUGUACCAGCGUCAGGCGUUCACCAAGCCGGGCCAAUGUAUGCCACUAUGAUGCCUGCACAAAUUCCCAGCAAUGUCUAUGUAAACAAUGUCACCGCUAAUGUCAACUUGCAUGGAUGGACUCAUACAGUGCCAGCGUACAUACCGAGUGGAACACCACAUUACAUUCACGGGGAUGUGCCUCCUGAUCAGAAUCCACCUGUUAUGCAAGCGAUGCCAGCAAUGCCAGUAGCCUUAGCUCCUUCAAGCGCCAUUGUUGCUGCUGGUGGCAAUGGUAACCCCACUUCUCAGAUCAGCAGCUUCUUGAAGAUGAAUUGGGCGAAUGUGGCACACAGCCCGGUGCCAUACAAAUGGUAACGUCUGGGGCAAUAAUUUCCGCUGGCUCCAUACAAAUGUCCAACGAAACUCAAAUCAUUCAUCACGGCCAUUCGCAACAUCAACCUCAGCAUAUUAUGCAAAGCGCAGUUAUGGAAUUAAAACCACAACAGCCAAUCGAGGGCGAACAUGUUAUCAUUGACAAUAGCUGCAUUGAUGAAGUUUCCGACUUGCAUGCGAUGGGCUCUGAGACCAGCUUGAAUGAGAUCCACUCACACCACUGCACGGAAAACAUUGCACAAGACUACCAGCUGCCACAGCAACAGCUACAAUUAUUGCAGCCGAUUUUGCAGCAACCUCAACAGGAGCAUCACCAACAGCCACCGCAUCACCAAGAAACUCAGCAAGUUCCCAUACAAAUUCACCAACAGAAUGUUGUUGAUGUCUGUGUGGGCGUUGUUACCAAUGAAGUAUACAACAACAAUAACCAAUUAUUGAUGACCGAUGUAAAUGAGUUGAACGAAAACGUGCCAAAUGAAGAGCCGACCGAAGUACCUGUGGCGGCUGUGGCCCCAUCACAAGCUCCUGCCGCUGUAGACGCUCCAGUACCGAUACCGGUACCGGUACCGGUACCACAGCAUCAGCAACCGCCACCGCCACCAACAGUGGCCGCCGUAGUUACUGCACAGCAGUCGACAUCAAUCACGCCAGUGGCAAGUGCUGCUACAGCUACCAAUGUAUCGACGCAACAGCAACAAAUUCAGACCUCGCCUCCUUUGCAGAAAUAUCACCAACAGCAGCAGCAGCAGCAACAACAACAACAGCCACCACCACAGCAGCAGCAGCAGCAGCAUUCAAAGCAUCAGCAGCAAACGUACAAUCGUUACGAUCAGCAGCAACAGCAACAGCAGCAGCAGCAACAACAGCAACAACAGCAACAGCAACAACCGCACCAUAAUCAACAAUAUCACCACCAACAAAAUCAUCAUUAUCAAUAUGAGCAGCGCAGACCACAACAGAAUUACAAUAGUAAUCAGUCGCGCCGUAAAUACGAUUAUAACAAUCCAUCGUAUGCUGCUAAUAAUAACAACAAUAACAAUAAUGAUUCUGCCAUCCAAACUACAAAGACAAUGUCAUGGACAAAUUCGAGCAAAAAGUCAACGGCUUCGGUCGCGGUUACCGCCACACCGAGUAACAACAAUAACAACGCCCAAAAUAGAACGUACAGUCAUUCGACGAAGACGUACACGAAUCAUCAACAUCACUACCAGCAACAGUCGCACUACCAUCAGCAGCAGCAGCAGCAGCACCAACAACAACAGCACGGUGGCCACUACAAUCAAGGGCCGCAGAUGCGCAACUAUAGCGGCAUGAAAAUGCCUUCAUCGCCAGUGGGCAGUGGUGCGCCACCACAGUUUGGCAACAAUGUGAGUGGGGGUGAGCGUCGGAAUAGCCAGGCAGAGCAGCCAAAAUACGCGAACUCUAACAAUGGUUCAUACAACAACUACAAUCAAUAUUCCAAUAAUAAUAGCAACAACUCUUCGGGAAGCAGCAUUAAUUUAAAUAGCGCAACGGCAGCUACUUCCACUGCUAGCACCACCGCGGCGCCGCAACACUUCUCGCAACAGCAGCAGCAAUACUCACAAGGAGGCUCGCAGCAGCACCAACACCACAACCAGCAGCAACAACCUGCACAGCCGCCACAACAACAAGCGCUGGUAAUUGAUAGCAAGCAAUAUCCCGGCUUUACGAGCAGCAAGAAAGCCGCCGCCGCCGCCGCCGCCGCUGCGGCUGCUGCAGCAGCAACGGCUUCCUCCUCUGUCGCGCCCAUCAUGAAUUUGGCGCCACCAAUCCCUACGAAUACCAACGCCUCCACAUCUAGCACCCAAUCGUGGGCCAGCUUAUUCAGCGACACCAAUACAUCGGCCACAUCGUCCGCAAGCGCCAGUGGUGCCCAGUCCAGCAGCAACAGCAGCAAUACGAACGCCAGCAACCAGAGUAGCAACUCUGCACCUGCGCUGCCACCACCAUUUUCAUCCAAGAAGCCGGUUGCCAAAGUAGCGCCGUAUGAGUGCGUUGUGCCUGCGCCGAUCAAUCCUACCCCGCCGGUGGUGCUGCCGGGUGCCAUGUCCUACUCGGCUGCCUCUGCUCAGGGCAUAUCACCUCAGCAGCCGGCAGCAGCUAAAGCGGCCGCAAAGGCAGAACCGCUCACACCCAUAGCCCGUGCCAAUUUGGAUGAAUAUACACUGAAGUUUGCGGAUUUCCUGACCAAGACCAAAACCGACUUGUCCACAGUGAGCUUGCGUCCACGUGGGCUCACCAAUCCCUCCAACUACUGCUACAUCAACUCCAUUUUGCAAGCGUUGCUAGGCUGUGCGCCAUUCUACAACCUGAUGCGCUCCAUACCAAAGCAGGCAGCAGCGCUUUCCGAAGUGCGCACCCCCACAGUGAACGCGCUCAUCUCAUUCGUUUCGCAAUUUUCUACGCUGCCAUCUGGGUUGCGUUUACGCACAAAUAAGGGUCCUAAAGGCAAAGACGAACUGGGUAGUGAAUUGCAAUGCGAUUCUGCUUUCGAACCGACUGAAAUUUAUCGCUUAUGGGUCGAUAGCCGCGAAGAGUACGUGGAGGGACGUCAAGAGGACGCCGAAGAAUUCCUAAGCUAUGUGCUCAACAAACUCAAUGAUGAAAUGCUCGAGGUAAUAAAACUGGUAGCUAAACCAAACGCCGAACAAAAUGGUCGAAACGAUGUUUCGGAGAGUGAAGACGGCGAUGAGUGGCAGAUGAUUUGCAAUAAUCGCAAUAAGGGUAGUGUCACACGCCAAACCGAUUUCGGACGCACUCCCCUGAGCGACAUAUUCCGCGGCGAAUUGCGUUCACGUUUGCAGCGUGAAGGCGAGCACUCUACCGAUGACAUUCAGCCAUUCUUUACGUUGCAACUAAAUAUAGAAAAAGCCGCUUCAGUGAAGGAAGCACUCGAAAUAUUGGUCGGCCGUGAUCAGUUGGAGGGUGUAACUGGCAGCAAGACAAAACAAGAAGUUGUGGCUUGGCAACAAAUGACACUGGAAAAGCUACCAACGAUUUUAAUUUUGCACUUGAAAUGGUUCGAUUACCGCUCGGAUGGCUGCACCAAGAUACUGAAGAAAGUCGAGUUCCCAGUGGAUUUAAAAAUCGACGCAAAAAUUCUUGCAUCCAAAAAAUAUUCAAUGAAGCAACGCGCCUACCGCCUGUUCGCCGUGGUCUAUCACGACGGCAAAGAAGCAACAAAAGGACAUUACAUCACCGAUGUUUAUCACACGGGCUACAGCAGCUGGCUGCGUUUUAAUGACAGCUCAGUGAAACCGGUCAGCGAGAACGAAGUUCUCUAUCCGAAAACACCGCGCGUGCCUUAUUUACUGUACUAUAGGCGUUGCGACACAAUGCCACCGCAGCCCACGUCUUCGGCUGCUGGUGGUGGUAAUGCAAACCCCUCGUACUCAAAUGCAGCUAACAGUGGCCGAGACCGUGAUAGCAACAAGUAAAAAUGCGGCGAACGCAAAGCGUAAGUCGCGAGUAGACUACUACCAAAUGGCAAAGCCAGUCCUGAGACACGUAGGCAUGUACGUACGCAUGAAGUGCGGCAAUAUGGAAUAAACCACGGCCAAAGUAAGGUGUAUCUGCAAAAGGGUAUUCAAUUGGAUGCAUCUACGCAAUAGGUAAUGGGGAUUACAGCUUAAAAGAAACCAAAAACGUUUCUGACGCUGCCAAUCCAAAUGUGCGAAAUCGAGCAUAUGUAAUAUAUACUAUAAUUUUGUUUCAAUUUUAAGUUUAUACUGAACACAUUAUGCAUGCAAAUAUGGCUGACACAUACAAUUUUAUACGCACCUAUACAUAUACUUUAAAUUUAAGCAUUUUUUUUUUGUUUUCUUUUUUGCAUUGUAUUGAAAAUGCAAACAGUUGUUGGUUGUUGCCUUUGAUCAAAAAUUAUGUUAUGUAUGAAUGUAGUAUGACGUAUGCGAAACGUUUUCCGAAUGACUUAUAGGAAGCUGGAUAAAGUAGGGAUGAGGUUUGUUUUAGCAAUUAUUGGUUUAUGAUGACGGAGCAGAGCUCACGAGCAAAUCCAGAGAGCAAAUAGCAUAGUGUUAAAGAAAUGAGCGCAUGUAAAUGUUGUAUAUAAUAUAUGAUCAUGUACAAAUUACAUAUAAAAUUCGUUAGAGAAAUUAAUUCGUCGCACAUAUGAGAAUGCCUAUAUUUUGCAAGCAACAAGCGUACGCUUUUUUAUUUGGAAUUGAAAUGAUUGCAUGAAUGAAUUCUAUAAAAAUAAAAACAAAAUGCGACAACAACGAAUACUAUAGAAAACGAAAUUAAAAGAAAAAGAUUUAGAUGAGAUGUGAAUUCUUUUGAUGCAAAUAAAUGAUAAUGCUUGAAAUAAAACGCUAGUAAUGCUAGUUCAGCAUAAAAAAGAACUGCAUAUGUAUGCUAUUUACAAAUAUGCAUCAAUGAAGAUCAAUUUAAUUUAAAUGUAGUGUUAAUGGAACAAUGAAUAUCGUUGAGAAAGAGUUAGUACAUACAAACAUAUAUUCAAUAGUCAUAAUAAAUUGCCUUUUUUUCUACAGAAAACAAAACCAAUUAAAGGGAUACAUAGAUUAUCUAUAACUCUUUUUUUUUUGUAAUAACGUAAUAUUUAAGAAAAAUACGAUAUAUUAUAUUUACCAUAGAAAUUUUAAGCUAAUGAAAAAACGGACGAAAUAAAGUCUUUAUUUUUCUUAUUAUCGUGCGAGUGUGUGACAUGCGUUCAAGUUACCAAAAAUUGACAUUAUUCAAUAAAAUCGACUCCGUUCUGACUGACUACACGCCAAUAAAAGAAGUACAAGAUUUAAAAAAAAAGCCAGUGGCAAGCUAAGCAGCUUUUUGACAUAAUACAUUGGGUUAAAUACACAUAUAUG